AUGUCUCUUCUCAACAAAAUACUGCUCAUUGCAUUACUCAUAUCCAGUUCCACUGUUAAUGGAUACAAUCGAAGACACAUGAAAAAAGAUUAUUCACAGGAGAAACGUCUCCUCCAACUUCUACGUGCUUUGGAAUACGAUUUCGAUGAACGUACAAUUCACAGCAAGAGACUUGAGCCAGCGGGCGAUUGCACAGCAGAUAUCUUGCAGGGAUAUCAAUGGGCCGGGAAAGCGGAGAUGAAUAUUCCAGGAGUUGAAUCGCAUCAAAUUUGUAUGGAUAAUUGUGAUAUGAAUGAGAAAUGUAUGGGAUGGUCAUACAAAGCAGAUGCUCGAAUGUGCUGGGGACUAAACUCAAUAACCGGUGUUAUUGCAGUACCAGGCGUCAAUUCAGGAUCAUGUGUUGGACAAAAUUUAAAAGCAAAAUGUGAAGAGAAGAAAGAAGGACAAUAUCUUUCUAACACCAUUAAAACACUCGAAAACAUCGACACAGUGGAGAUUUGUAUGCAACGUUGUGACGAAGAAAACCUAUGCUUUGGAUGGCUUUAUGACGGAAACGGCAAGAGCUGCUAUCUUGCUAGCUCUUUGGGUGAAUUUCAGCCAGGCCCAGGCUUUUUAACUGGAUCGUGUAUUGCCACACAAAAGCGUAUUCGACUUGCUGAUCCUUUGAAAGUCUUUCGAAAAGAAAUCCUCCAACGACACAAUAUCAAACGAAAAGAUCAUUGUGUUGGUGAUUUAGCACUCGAUGAUAAUCUCAACACAGUUUCGCAACAGUUUGCUGAGAAACUGGCUGCUGCUGAUGUCACCCCACCUGACUAUGAUGCAACAAAGAUGCAAGCAGUCUACUACGGUAAAGGCGAUAUCGCUCUUAAUGGUGCUAUCGUUGUCGAUAACUUUUACAACGAGAACAAAUUCUACAACUAUGAGAAACCGGACUUUUCAUCAACGAGACAUUUUCCAAAGAUCAUCUGGAAAAGUUCGAGCAAGUUGGGAGUUGGUCGAGCAUUCACAGUCGAUAAGAAGUCGAUGUUUGUUGUGAUCACUUAUGAUUCAACUGACACUCUUACCGAUUCAUCAUACCAAAGCAAUGUGCAAAAGAAAUGUUCAUAA